UCUCGAGGACUGCUGCUGUUGCUAAUGUGUCCGCGUCACUGUGAAAUCUUAUGUUUGGGGAAGCAGCAAACAUAUUUUCAUUAGGAGUAGUUUUUUCACGUUAAGGAGGCUUGAGGUGUCUCUAUCUUUUCUUCAGACAUUGUCAGGUUGAACCCCCGUUGACUUUAACCUAUGGUGUCGUCAGUAAACUGAAACGAAAACGACUGAAUUGGGUACAGACUGCAACUACUAACUUUUAUUUUACAAGAUGGAUGAGAAAUACAUUUCCAAAACGCAGGAAAUAUCGACAGUGCUGCUCGAUGAAAGCAAGUACCAGAACCUUUUUAAAGAGUACGCAUCCAUUAGAAGAAUCCGAGGAGACGGUAACUGUUUCUAUCGAGCCUUCGCCUUUGGAUGUCUGGAAGCAGUAAAAAGCUCAAGUGGAGCGCAGAAGUUUAGAGAGGCGGUGAUGCGCGGUCCCGCAGAACUGUUGUCGGCUGGUUUUGACGAGAGCGCCUUUAAACACCUGUUCGAUACAUUUGUUAAUGUUUUGGAGCGCUGUGAGGCGGAAGACAACCACAGCACAUUAUUUGAACUCUUCAACGAGCAAAGCACCUCAGACAGUGUGGUUCAGUACCUCAGGUACCUCACCUCUGCCUACCUGCAGAACCACAGCGACUUCUUCCAGCAGUUCGUAGAGGCACCCAGUCUGAAAGUGUACUGCACCCAGGAAGUGGAGACCAUGGCGAUGGAGUGUGACCAUGUGGAGAUCGUCGCCCUUUCAGAGGCCCUGGGUGUGGGCAUACGAAUUGUUUCCAUGGAGGGGUGUAAUGGGGACCUUAAUCACAUUACAAUUCCAACUGGAACAGAACCCAUUUUGCACUUCCUAUACAAACAUUCCCAUUAUGACAUACUUUACCAAGUUGCUCAGUCUUAA